AUGAAGUACUCUGCUGCCCUCUCCGUCCUCACCCUGGCCGUCGCUGCCCUGGCUGCCCCUGCCAACGUUGAGGGUCGUGACAGUGGCCAUGGUGGUGGUAAGGGUGGUGAUACCAACAUUGCAGCAGCGACCGGCAGCAGCGCCUACUGCUGCAACACCGAAUCCAACGGCUCGCUCAUCUCCCUCAACCUGCUCGACUGCCUCAAACUCUAA